AAAUCGGUUUGCUCAGUUUAAAGAGUUACGCCAUCUUAGUGCAACUGCCAUGCCGGUUAUAUCUCGUGCGACACAAACGGAGCCCGCGGAUCGUCUGGCAGCUAUACAAUUGCGCUUGAAAGAACUGAAAAGCGCCUUGCCGGAAUACACCGACUUGACAGCGAAUCGUGUAGUUAAGUUUUUGCCAAAACCCAUACCUGAACGAAAAAGGCUGCACAGCAAAAAAGAAAGAUCAACAAUCUUUAUUGGCCCCAACCUGACCAGAGUCGAUCGGGCCGCCUAUCAGCGUAUAAAUUGGGACUGUUACUCACUGGCCACGCGGGCCCUGUUGGACGCAGUCUUUGACAAGCAGACACUGGCCACAAGGAAUAUUUCGGGCAUAAAGCUGGGCUCAAUGGGCCGCAUGAGGUCCACGGAUUAUAUACUGGAUCCGCUGAAGGUCAGCGAUAUUGUGCAGCUGGUGCAGCACAAGUGCAAGGUCAGCGAAACCGUCAUACGAAAAAUUAUCAGUAUCAAAUGCUCGGACACAGCCAAUACGAAGCGCUUUAAAAAUAUUAUAUAG